UUCCUUUAGAAAGCUCAAUUUCCCAUAGGCAUCAGACACAAAUAGAGAAACCAGAGAGAGUCACAUGAAAUGGCGACAACCACAAAAGAGGUUCAUGUUGAGGGAGAGUACAUUGCCAUAGAACCAAGAUCUUCCCCCAACAUCAACAUCUUCUCUUGUUCCAUCAACAGAGAAUUCGAGUUCCAAAACAAGAAAGAGUCCACCACAACCUCACCAGCAGAUGAACUCUUCUACAAAGGAAAACUCCUUCCUCUCCACCUCCCUCCACGCCUCCAAAUGGUUGAAAAGCUUCUCCAAAACACUGAUUCAACUUUUGGCUAUGCAAGAUCACAGUCAUCAUUGGAAGACAGUAGAUUCCGCCACACGAUGCUUUCAGCAAAUGCCACCUCACCCUCGGAAUCACGCAGGGUUAGUACCUGCGAAUCGCUCCCACCUGAUUGGUCCUCUGAAAUAGAAGGCUUGGUUAGUGACAAACAUGCUUCGAAGAAACAACAAUGGUCCAAGAAUCUCAAACAGACCAAGCAGUUCUGGCUAGGAGAGAAGCUCAAGGCUUCCAAGGCUUACUUAAAAUCCUUGUUCACCAAAUCUGGUUGCUCCAGCGAUGCAAGCAAAGUGGUGGCGGUGAAGAAACCCAAAUGCAAGGAGUGCCAUGACAAGUACACGAAGGAUGAUGAUGAUGCUACCAAAAACCAAAACCAAAACCAAAACAAAACCAAAAAGAAAAUAAAAAAUGAGUCUUUUGGUGACAAGCAGCACCGGAGGCAGAGAUCCUGUGCGGUGAAGAGCAGUGACGUCUUUGAAAAUGGGUCCGUUAGCUUUAGCAGAAGGUCUUUCUCUGGGGUGAUUCAACGACAUUAUGCUUCAAAGGCUUCAUCUUUGUCCACUUCUUCUUCUGGGUCGUCUUCUUUGUCUUCAUCUUUUUCACUUAGCUCAGUUGGGUCUUAUGAGUUGCAUUUGUUCAACAAGAGUAUCAGUGCUGAGCUGGAGAAUUCAAUUGAGAGUGCCAUUGCUUAUUGUAAAAAGUCCCAGCAAGAGGGUAGUUCAAAUUCAAACAAGGUUUGUGGAAAUAAGGGAAUAAUAAUGGGGAGUGAGAGAGUGGUGACUGAAAAGAAUGAGUCUCUUAUUUGAGAUGCAAUUUUAUGUUGAGGGGAUUUGAUGCUGAGUUAACAGCUUGGUUUUGCAGGAUUAAUUGUUGAAAGUCUCUGUCAAUUCUUGCACAUGUUGCAUACCGAGUGGAAUUGAAUAUUUUUAGCAGUAAGUGACCAUUGUUAUAAUUAAUCCAGGGGAAUGUAAUGUAAUUCACUCGAGAGAAAGUGACUUUUAAUUUUUUUAAAUAAUGAAUACUUAUGAUAAGUCGUCAUGAGAUUUCUCUAUGACAAAGCGCCAUGAUAGGACACUGUUGUUGUUGUUGUCUUUUUAAAUUUGAAAUUGGUCCACACACAUGUUAAUUGAACCCUCCUGUGCAAACUCCACGAGAUUUGUGGAUUUGAUUGUUUAACAAAUAGCAAUUAACAUUGUGAUUUGUGACAUUUCCGAAUCUCACAAUUUGACUUGAUAAUAAGGCUUCCCUUCCGAACAUUGUAUAUGAUAAAUUAACUAGUUAACUGUACACAAAGGCAGAUAAUUUCUUCACAAUUAAUUUUCUAAGUUUGGUUCAGUGUAAAAAGUAAAAUUUUAUGGCAACUGCCAAGUCUAAUGGUUUGGAAUCUGACUCUUUUCCCCAGAAGGCAGAACUAGAUUCUCAAUGACUGCUUCAGGCUUUCUCUGCAAUUAUUCUUUCAGAGUUCAACAGAGAUAACUGAUAGGAUGUGGUAGUGCAUAAAAAUGUUGGAUGCCAUAUUUUUGUUCCUGAUCCUUUCUUGUGUCAAAAGAAGGGGGGGAAAGUUGAAAGUCAUUUAGAAUAACCUAACAGUGACCCAAAAAAGGUUACUAACAGCCAUUCACCUUUUUAGAUGAAGAAAAAGCCUAAAAAGUGGCAAAGAGUAGUCUCAUCUGUGAGAUGUGAAAAUCAUGGUACAUUUGGUGCCUGUGACCUUUUCUUCGCCGACUUAACCCUUUUUGAAAAUAAUCAUGAUUACUAGCAACGAAUCCCCAACCAAGCACCAUAGUUGACUGCAGAGUACAGCUAUAAAUUGGUGCAAUUGUAUAUCCUUGAUGCAAUUACCAAAGUGUAAUAGUAAGUAACUGACAAAUUAUGAUCACAGGAUGGGUUUUCCUUCAAUUUUAGAAGAAAUGAAAAACUAUUCACAAUUUCAUUCUGUAAAGGGUAAAGCCCCCACCACACACACCCACAACUUGCCAUUGCGGGGCAUGUAUUAUGCAGAUGUCACAUUAAAAAUACUAAAGAGAAAAAACGUAGCGUACAAUUAUUCUGCAGACAAUUAAACCUUUUUCGCGUGCACUUCUUCCGUUCUUCGUUUCUUUUGGUUUUGACUAAGCAUUAAACUACGCAAACAUGAAACUGAAUCACAUGCGCGGAGAACUCGAAGUUGCAC